AUGCUGCAAGGAGAGAAGCCGUACAAAUGUCAGCACUCCGGAUGUGGCAAGGCGUUCUCCCAGCUCUCUAAUCUCCAGUCACAUUCCCGCAGCCACAUGACAGAUAGGCCCUACAGAUGUAACUCUUGCUACAAAUGUUACCCUGAUGAAGCUGGUCUUAGAGAACAUAUACCGAAACAUAGUGAGACGAAACACAUCAAGACCCAGAUCUGCAAGGUGUGUGGUAAGGCAUAUACCCAGGAGACAUACUUGGCACGUCACAUGUUGAAACACACGGGAGAGGGCGGGAAACUUCCGCUACAUCAGACGCCGGUCAAGCAAGAGCCCUCGGACCAUUCCAGCCUGGACGUUGCUGUUGAUUUUACUCGCAUUCUUGAUCGCGUGGAGAGGGGAGUGACUGAGGGAAGCCUAGCAGCGAUAAAUAACAAGUCGCCGACAUCGUCCGUAUCGUCGGCUUUCAUGCCGUUAGCUCAGUAUGCUGCUAGCAACGCAAAUUCUGGGCCGUAUCACUAUGGUUCUGGUCUUAAUUCUGGUCUCUCUUCUGCACUGAAUUCAAGCAACUUGAGCCCUUCCCUGCCACAUAUAUCUUCAAUGUCCAGUCCGAGGUACUUUCCAUAUGACCCGCUUGGGUUUAGGAAAUCGGACCCCGUGGAUCGACUUGUUAACGAAAGAUUGGUCAAUGAUAGACUAGUAAAUGAACGUCUAGUUAACGAAAGAUUAGAGAGGAAUAUGAGUGUACCAUCGAGAUCAGAAAACAUGCUAGCCAAUAGUUUCCUAAGUUUACAACACAUUAAGAAUUAUGCUUCACAGCAGAUGCAGCCAUCGUUUUCUCCCUGUCCGAGCAACAAUGCCCGACUAACAUGAUUUCCAAGAGGUCAGUCUAGGAAUAGGGCUAUAUAAUGCCAAAACAGUAUGGCAACGACUUGACUUUGUACAUGAUGAACUAUAUAAUAACUGUUGUGGACUGCCAGCUCAGCUUGACUGCAAUGUUAUCAAAUGAUUUUAGCAGAGACAAAUGUGGUCCUUGAUAUACCAGUGUACAUAUCAUUGGGAAGAUUGCCAGGCACUCGGCCACUCAAUACUGCUGGUUGUGAUUUUCAAGGCAGUUUUAAGGUGUUGAAAGAAACUGAAUAUAUGUCUGUGGAUUUAUAUUCAUGUUCUAAGAUGGCAUUUUUCAAUUCAAAUGUGGACAUUGUGCAACAGUUUUGACUGACAUUGAACUAGGUUGACACUAGUUUAAAGGGACUUAUAACAUUGAUUUUGUGUUGAAUGUGAGCAAAUAGCUUGUUUCAAUGAUAAAACAGGGAGUACUGAAAGCAUUAGUCAACCUAUUGAAAAUUUAAUUAUUUUACUUCAUCAUUUGAUGUUUGCUCAUAAAUGAAAGUAAAAUGAAUUUAAGUGUUAAGAAAUUGAUGCCAACAUCUAAUCUGUGAGCGAGUCCCUUUAAAUGUGAAAUUAGUUUUAAUGGCUGCAUUUAAAUGAUAAGUUGUUGCAGCUAGAUAAUUUACUAGUAAAUGUUAUAUCACCCAUGCAUGGUUGUCAUGUGUGAAACAUGGUUGUCAUGUGUGAAUCAUGGUUGUCAUGUGUGAAACAUGGUUGUCAUGUGUGAAACAUGGUUGCCAUGUGUGAAUCAUGGUUGUCAUGUGUGAUACAUGGUUGCCAUGUGUGAAUCAUGGUUUUCAUUUGUGAAACAUGGUUGUCAUGUGUGAAACAUGGUUGCCAUGUGUGAAUCAUGGUUGUCAUGUGUGAAUCAUGGUUGGUAUGUGUUAAUCAUGGUUGUCAUGUGUGAAACAUGGUUGUCAUGUGUGAAUCAUGGUUGUCAUGUGUGAAACAAAUACAAAAGCAGCAUUGUCUAAAGAAAUGGCUCAAAUGAUUACAACUGAAAUUUUGUUGUUGUGUAAUUCACUUUGUAUGUGUGUGUAAUUUUAUGUGUGGUGCUUUCUCUUUAUAGCUCCCAUUAAAAAAUAGAACUGAUGACCAUUUUAUCAAGAAUUGGAUUAGGAGCACUUUUAUACAUAGGUAUUUAAACAUUACAGUACGACAUAAGAAAUAUUACACACCACUGAGGGUCAUAUGACAUUGAACUGGCCAGUCAGCCCUCGAUGGUGUAUAUGGACUGAGGCGUUAGCCAAGGUCCAUUCACCUUCUGUGGCUGCCUGGCCGGUCCUUAUAUUGCCAUAUGGCUUGAAGUGUUAUGUUAAAUUUCUUAUAUUAUACCAAACAUUUUCAUUCAAUAUUUUAAAAGCUUGUUUUAUAUGAUUAGUGAAUAAAGCAAAUAAUGCACAAAGAUUUAAAACUUUUACUAAUCUUUCAGUUUUUCGCUGAUGUUAAAAUGACAAAGCCGCACUCAACAGUUUUAUGAUGUCGUUUCAUAGAGUAUUUGAGGACAGGUCAAGACCAAAAUUGAAUGUAUUGCUAAUGGCAUAAAAAUGGAUUUUUUUUAGAAUACAGUGAUAUACAGAUCAAUUGACUUUAUAUAAACAAAGAAGGGACACAUGUAUAUUAGGCAUAAUAUUGCUGAAUUAUUCACCUAGGUGUGGAAGUGCUUCUAAGAUUCUUGACAAUAUGAUGCCCAGAUGUUGUUUGUAUGACAGCCAGUUAAUUUAUGUUAAACUUUAAAAGUUAAGAAAUAUCAAAUUCAAUUGAAGAUGUUUUUUUUUUUCAAAACUGGCCACAUUUCUUACAGCAAGAAAGUAUCAAUAUUCAUUUGAUUUAAAAGAGUUUUGAUUUUUUCAAAACUGGCCACAUUUCUUACAGCAAGAAAGUAUCAAUAUUCAUUUGAUUUAAAAGAGUUUUGAUUUUUUCAAAACUGGCCACAUUUCUUACAGCAAGAAAGUAUCAAUAUUCAUUUGAUUUAAAAAUGGCCAUAUUUCUUAUCGAAAAAAAGAAUCAAUUUUAACUGUAUUUUAGACAGGGGAGCUGGCCCAGGGGUUGUGCAUGCAGUUAUCUGCAUGUGCAUUGUUCAGCCAUUGAUCCAUUAUGUUUCUGUAUUACUGUAGUUUGUAUCUUGUGGUUUAUUGACUGUUAUCUAACAGUAUUACAUAUUUUAUGUGACAUAACUUAGGGCUCACCAAAAAGCAUUACAAUUGAUGGUCUUUGUUGUGUAUUAAGUGAUUCAAAUUUCAUGUAUUGAUGUUCUUUAUCACAACGAUGAAACAUAAAUUUCAUGUAUUCAAUGAAUCACAUUGGUGAAAUAGAUCUUUUGCAUGUGCUAUUAAACUAUUGCUGUGUCAUUUAGCGUACUGCUAAGAACUUUCCAUAAAUAUUGACUGAAUUCAAAUUUUGAUACAAUUUGGGGUUGCCAAAAUGCCUACUAAUUUAUGUUUAGGAUUUUUGGAAUAGGAAUAUUCUUAUAGUUUACAUGACAUCUGUUAUGAAUAACAAAAUUAUUAUUAUACAACAACAAAAGCAUUAUUAUGUAAAAUACACUGUCAAUAUGAUAGAAAACAGUUUACUACAUAAGACAGGUGAGGAAAAAAUGUUUGUGCUGGACACUUUUUUUUGUACAAAUAUUAAGGAGACUGACCCACAGAUAAGCUAGUUCUCUGAUUAUGAGCUCUGUUACCCUGAAAUGUUUUUGCCUGGUGACCCCAUAUAUAUAUAGGUAUCAUUUAAAAGGCAUUUGGUUGUUGCUUAUUAAUAUGAUAAAAAAGAUCGAAAGUACUUCAUAUAUUAAGCAGGCGCGUAGCUGCCUAUACGCAAGUAAGCGGCUGAAGCCACAUAAUUCUGACAAAAAUAAAUCAGCCAAAAUUGCAGUAUGCAUACUCGACUACAUCAUCAGAUCCUAAAACAGUCAAUUUUCCAGUACUAAAUAAAGCACUUCAGAAUACCCAGAAUGCACCAGAUCGCAUCUUGGUUUCAAAAUUUUCAGAGGGGGCAUGCCCCCAGACACCCUUAGCACAAUUAUGAAUCCACAUGAAUAGAGGGCUAGCUACACCCCUGUUAAGACAUUACAGUUUUAAUAUUUGCUCUUUAUUUCAUCCGAAAUCAGAGGAUGUAUUUUGAAAUCUUUACAGCCUGAAAAUCUUUUUUUGUUAUAUCAGUUUCAGUAAAUAAUCCAUUCUGCACACAACCCUUCCGAAUGAUACAGAAAUAAUAUGGUGUCACCAGGAAUUCUGUAAUUCAUUUAUUCCUUGAACACCAUUGUCAAAAGAGAUAUUUUUCACUUCCCAUGUUAUUCAUGGUGGUGUUCCUGACUUUCACAUUAAUGAGUGGCAGAUAUUUUAUUUUUGUUCUGUCACUAUGAUUUCAAAUAUUCUAGUUCGUAACUGUGUGUAAAUUUGUCCAAAAAAGAAGAAGUUUCUUUUAAUGUUCUGACUUAACGUCUUAUUGAAAAGAUAAGCCAUUUGAAUAUUAGGAAAAAAAUAACAUUAAAAAUAAAACCUCAUGAUAUGCACAAGUAUGGAGUCGAUAAAACAGAAAACACAGCAACCCAUUAUAACCCAACUUCUGUAUUGAAAUGAACCCUGUAUAUAAUUGAUGUACAUUAUAAAUGUCUUAAACAUUCCCUUACCAAAACAAGGUGCAACCUGGAAAAAGCAUUUUGAUAAUUAUAAAACUCUGAAAAGCAUUAAAAAUUGCAUUAAAAUUGUAACUGUUGUAAUAAUUAUAGUGGAGAGGAUGUUCCGAAGUUUGUUAAAGUUAACAAUGUCAUUAACGACAGGGUUGUUAACUUUUAAACGUGAAAUAUUUUAAAGUGAGCUCGUAUUCUUUAACAAAAACAAGUACAGCUUAAACAGUUGCUUCAAAUCUUGUAGAAAAUAUUUCAUAUCACAAGAGUAUUCAUUAAACUAUGAGAGCAUUAAGAUCUGAAAGUUAGCAAUGAUGACGUCAACAACGUUGUCAACUUCAUCAAAGUUCUGAACAGUCAGCCCACUGAGUAUCAUGUGCAUGUAUUUUAUUCCAUGUCCCCGGUCAAUGUUAAAGAAGGCUUCUACUGUAACUGUGACUAAAAUGUUGGAUUUGUUUAGCAUCAUUUAUUCUCGUUUGUAUAUAAACACUUUUUUCAUAUUCAUAUUUAAUUGAUUUAGUCUGUACAAUGUCGGCUUAUCUCACAUUUUCCUCUACAAUACAUUCGCUUCAAGAAUGAUGAAAUGUAUUGUUUGAUAUUUCUAUUUUGAUAAGUAAACAUGUGGCUGGUAGUCCAUAAUAAUUUCAUGGCAAUUACAUAAACAAACAAUGAUGUUCCCUAAUGUUGAUUCUUUAAAGGUAGAGUGUUCAAUCUUUGGCCAUAAAAGUAUUUGCCUGAAAACAAUGAUGUAGAUACAUGAUGAAUGUCAUAGGAAGGGUCUGUAGAACUACCAUGGUUUUAUAUGCCCUCUGACCAGCUGAAAUUAAGAUCUAAAGUUGCCUUUGUAUUUCAAACAAAGUCGCUCUUACUUCCUACAAAUUUCUUCACAUCUUGAUUCAAAGCAAAAGCCGGACUGUUACAAGCAUUUGAGUUACUGUACAUAAGGUCAGUGUUGACAUUCACAUUUCUUCUGGCAUAUUAUUUGUAUUUCAUGCUUUAUAUAUAUAUAGAAAUAUGUGAACACAGUGUAUUUUGUACUUUUCAGCCAUAAAAUGGCAUCAUUUUCUCAUUUCUCACAGCUGUGUGCUCUGUAAAUAACAUGUACUUAGAAUAUUGUUUUGUAUCACUGGAUUUAAAAGGCCCAAAUGUGAGGGAAAAUACCUAUUAUUUUCCAAUCAAAAUAAAUUGAAUUUCUUCCUACAUGGAUGUAUAUCAUGUCAAAGAAAAUUCGACAAAACUCAGAUUUGGGCUUGAAAUCUAGUAAUGUGAGUCACAAUUAAUGUAUGUUGUACAUUUCAUGCAUCCUGUUGUUCUUUUUGUGUUGAUUGUAUUAAAAUAUUUAUUAUUAUAACUAAUAUAGUAUAAUUAUAUUAUUGCUUAUGAUUGCUGCUCAAGCUCCAUAUAUGAUAACACUUCCCACUGUUACUCAACAGUGGCUAAACUAUGAAUGUCAUUUAUUUUGUUGAUUUUUCAUUUGAUUAUUAUAUGAUUAUUAUGGAAUUGUUAUAAUUGUUGUUUAUGGAAAGUCUGUCAGUCUUAGAAGUUAAUGGUUGUAUAUAUAUUAUGGUGUAGUUUACUUGUUGUGUAUUUCUAUUGUACCCCAAAGAGGGUCGAAAAAAAUAUGUUGUGACUCUAAAUUAGACAUUACAUGUACUUAUACGCGUUGAAGUAAGACUGUACGUGAAUUAUAGUGCUAAAUGUUAUGAUCAGAAGUGCUGUGUUGUACAAUUGCACAUUUCAAAACAAAUUUUUAGUUUGUGGGAUGGGGAGUGGGUAACUUUUUAAUUGGCGAGGUCAAUGAAUUAAAAAGGUAAUCUUCACUAAACAUGAACUGGCUCAACUUUUUACACUUUACAUUUUUAUGACAAUUUAUAAUGUUAGUUUGCAAUUUAAAAUGGCCAUUAACAUUUGCUGAUUUUGAGAUAGAUAAAAAAAAUGCUCAAAACAGCUCUGUUUUUUCCCAAAUGGUAGAACAUUUGAUAGAGGCACAUGUUAAGAAGGUUCAAGUACAUGUACAUGUAUUGUUGUUAUUUGUUUUAUUCUCUAGUUCGUGUCUGCCUGCCUGCCAGUUCUUGAUGCAAUGAACAUGAAAUACAGCUUUGUAAAAAUGUUUGAACAAAUCUUACGGCUAAUUAUUGAAAAAAAAAGUGACUUAACAAAAAACACACAAAAACUAACAUAAUAAAGAGCUAGGAACUUAAUAAGUUUUUUUAAUAAUAUAAGGAGGCAUAGAUUUAUGACAGCAUUAGAUAUUUAUUUCAAUUUUGUGCUUUGUGCUGCAUCCAAAAAGUGCUAUAAUUGUUCAGUAUGUGAGCCUCCUAUGUGGAAAAACACUCAAUAGUUGUGACUAUAUACCAUCAGCAUUACGUUCAUUAUGACAUGCUAGGAAUUGUUACAUAUCAUCCCAUCACCAGAAAGAAACUCUUCUUUAAAUUUUGCUAAGCACAAGAGAAGAUUAAGAUUGUCCACACCUUGGUAAUGAAUUAAAAAGAAGGUUAAAACAACUCUAGCUGUUCAUUACAUUUUACAUAAAAUACCCCUGGGUUGACAUAUAACAUGUACAUACAAUGUCCAUGGGGUGAAAUGUGUUGUAAAUGGAAUAAUAGAAAGAUUGCUAAACACUUCAUAACAGUUAGUGUUGGUUUUCUGAACAAUUAAGUUGACAGGCCUGGCGCAGUCCGGUGCUGACUCGUUUAAAAGACCAUAAAUAAUUGCUUAUUUUUUAGUACUCAGUGCAAAUUGCCAAUUAAAUGCCUCUAUUUAAACCAUUGUGCACACAUGCGUUUUUUCUAAAUGGAAAUUUGGAAGUUCUAAUCUGCUUCGUGGAUUUUGGAAUGUCAGAAUUCUUAUAAUGAUUAAUCGUGAAACUGUCUGGUGAUCCCACGGGGAGGAGGGGCGGGCCUGAACACUACUAUACCUGUUUGUGGUGAUACCACAGGGAGGAGGGAGGGGCCUGAACACUACUAUACCUGUUUGUGGUGAUCCAACGGGGAGAAGCGAUGGGCCUGAACACUACUUUACCUGUUUGUGCACUUCUUUUUGUGUGUUCGGUCAUUAAGGUGCAAUGCAUGAGAAAAAUGUUCAAGUUUUCUCUACAUAUUCAUCUUGAAAACAUUUCUAUUUAUUUAAGUCACACCAAUAUGCGUGUAUCUCCCCAUACCAUGUGACUCUGUAUAAUCUGUUGAAGGAACGAACCUGAACACAGAAGAUAUUCUACAUCACUUAUUGGGCCAUUUUAUCAACAAGCAUACAAAAAAGAUCAGCAAAAUCAGUUGAAUAAUAAAAUAAUAACAAGCAAGUGUCAGAUAUCAAAUUAAAAUUUUAACUUGAGUUAUUUUUAUUUUUGUGUUAUUGACUACUUUUCUUGUCCCUGUGGUUUUAAUGGCAAUUAUUGUAGAUUCAAAUAAACAUAGUCCAAAAUUUCCUGUCUUAAUUUUCAAAAUUGAUUUCAAUAUGACUAGGAACAAACAUUUUGAUAUAUCAAAUAUACAAUAUGUUUGAUGACAGGAUUGGCCCUAUACGGUAAAUCAUGUCCUGUUUUACAACCUCUUCAGUAACAUAUUGAUUCAGACAUGGAUUAUUAUUACAGAAAUGUUUGAAAAGGAGUAAUUGUUUGGGUUAAAUAUUAAUUCAUGUUUCUUCAAGCAACUUUGUAUUUUUAUUAUAUUGUUUAUGAUGGACAUCAGUCAAAAUGUACUUAUGUGCUUUCAAAAUAUUUAUAAGUAUUUAAUGACUGUUGUCUGCAGGCAACUCUAAACAUACUGCAGCCAUUUUCGAUAAUCUUGUCAAAAGUGCUUGUUGAACAAACAUCUUAAUUUAUUUACUGUUGGUUUAUGAGUGCACAAAAAUGCCCUAUUAAUCAUUUAUUAUUGAAAACAGAUAUAACCAUGGUUUUCAAAUAUUUACAAAGUACAAUGUAUGGAGAACAUGAAGAUAAUGAUUUAUGCUUGUUACACAUGAUAAGUGACAUACAUAGUGAACAUUAUUCAUUAAGAUGCAUAUAACAGACAAUGUUUGGACACUACACUUUUUCCCACAAGUUGUACAUUUAAGUAUAUUGCUUUUUUUUAACAUUCAUAUCAAAUGAUUUAGUAUUCGCAGUGAUUCCAACAAGAAUAUCAAAAAUAAAAAAAGUUAUAAAGAUCUAAGCAUAUUCUACGUCAGUUUUAGAUCAUCUGUUUUUCAAAGAAAAGAAAAUGAAGACAAUAUUGUGGCAACCUGGGUGUGACAGUGUUGGUGUUGGUAUUGAAAUUGUUCAACCCAGGUCAUGCCCAGCACAUCAGCAUUCUCUUAGAAGCAAGGCCCUUAAUGCUGGCUUCAAUUAUUGUCCAGUUACGUCCCUUGAUUGACUAAAAGAAAAUCAGAAAGGAGUGUUGGCUGUUUGCAGCAUUAUUAUAGAUUAUUUUAACUCCUCUGACUCCUGGCCCCAAUUUCUUGAAACAUCUAAGUCCCUAACAGAGUAAAGCAGAGCUCACUAGUUUUGUUUAAGUAUAUUUUGUGUAAUACUUACAUUCUUAACGAAAGAGUUUUGGAAAUUAUUUUUAUGAUAUAAACUAUAUUUAAUAUUUAAUUAAGUAAAGUCAAGUUAAAGUAAGAAAUCUGGCUAAAUGAAGUAAGUUACUUCGAGAAAUUGGGACCAGGGUAUUUUGUUUACAUCAAACACUCAUGAGGUACAUCUUCCAUGUAUGAUGGUUAACUGCUUACAUGGUACAUGUAUGAUGGUUAACUGGUUACAUUACAUGCUUGGCAUAGAUUAUUUUUGAAACCUUUACAAGAGCAGAAUAGGGCAACUGCAGUACAUGAUAAUAGUAAACUAUUUAUUUAUUUUUUCAAUAUUUUUUGUAUUACAUAUUGUGACAAAAAUUUGUUGUAAAAACAACAAGAAAGUUAAAAUAUUCACAUUUCCUUCACCGCUUACAAUGUCUAUUUAGCUGAGAAAAAAAUUACAGAAACACAAAAUGUUUAUCUUGAAUUUCUUUCAUAUUCAUGGUAAUUUUGGUGUGAAAAUGUGUGCUUACGGUUCCCAUGGUUACAAUGUUGUCUGGUAUGUGGAAAAGUGACUUAUGUAUAUGUAUCACUAUAGUUCUUGCUAAGUAAAUUGAUUGCUUUGUUAUAUGUAAAACAAAAUAAAUAUUUCAACCAAGUUGAAAAA